AUGAAAAUCUGCGAGCCGUGCAUCUCUGCCGUGCAAAGUCUUCAUAGUAAUUUAUGGCUCCAAACAGUGAAGUCUAAAAUUCCUCCAUAUCCAAGAACACUUCGAUCGGGCUGCUGGAUUUGUCACGGACUUGUCUCCUGGAUGGGGCUUUACCACCAACAAUUACUCAAAAAAUGGCGUGGAUCACCGAUUAAUGUCGAAUUCUCUAUGUCUGCACAAUUUGGUUUCUCUGAAAUUCAUCACCAGGGCCAGCCCUUACUACCAUGUGAGGUCAGUGUCGCGCCGGAGGAUCUAUCCUCAUCUCUCUUCACUGAACUACCAGAGCCAGACCCGAUCCCUGGGACUCUAGGUCUUAUCAAGUCAUGGAUAGACCAGUGCAGCAAGACUCACCUGAGAUGUAAACAGACACACUCAGCAUUAUGGUUCCCAACACGUUUGAUCCAAAUAGUGAGGGGCGACAGUGGUAUAAAGGCAAAGCUGAUAAUUACCGGAGGCAAAUCAUUAAAGGGACGGUAUAUGACACUCAGCCAUCGUUGGCCUGCCCAUCCGGGCCAAUAUCCCAUGCUCAAGUCGUCAACGCUUGCACAAUUUCAGCGUGCAAUAGAUACUCAACGACUCCCUCAGAGCUUUCAAGAAACAAUGGAGCUUGCAUGUAACUUGCGCAUCAAAUAUAUAUGGAUUGACUCUAUGUGUAUCCUGCAAGACGAAGAUGAUCUGUCUGACUGGGAAAACGAGGCUCUCACCAUGCACAGAGUUUAUGCCCAUUCUUUUCUGAAUGUAUCAGCUACAUUUGCAUCUGAUGGAACCGAGUCGCUCUUCUAUCGAUCUAGGAGCUGGGCCGCUACCUGCCCGCCGCAGAUCAAGGUCAAUGUGAACGGCAGGUCGCAGGAUGUUUAUGUGGUCGACUGUGAUCUCUGGAAUAAAGAAAUAACAGAUGCUCCUCUACAUAAGCGGGCAUGGGUCUUCCAAGAAAGGUUUCUGGCUUGUCGAGUGCUUCAUUUCGGGUCAUCUCAGGUAGGGUGGGAGUGCUGCGAAGCAGAAGCCUUAGAAAUUCUCCCCGACGGGGUUCCCUUUCCGCUUAUGGCAGGCUCAAAUUGUAAAUCCGCAAUGUUGAGAGGCCUACGAGAAUUGUCAUGUUCGAUCUCAAUCCAGAGCAGUAACCCUAACCUAGGUGCUGCUACCACCAUGACCUUGCCUUCCCCAAAUGAGAUCAAAAUUUUCGAGUGGAGAUGCCGUUUGAUCGAAGAAUAUUCCAAAUGUCAGAUGACAUACGCAAAGGACAAACUGAUUGCCUUUUUCGGUGUAGCCAAGAGUGAAAUCUUGACUCAACGGACUUCGGACCAAUACAUCGCUGGAAUGUGGACCAGCUCCUUGGUAUAUGAUCUCGCCUGGCAGCGGAUCUAUAAUGAGGCUCGGCUGCCUACAGCUCUCCAGAGCCCCAAAUUCUAUGCCCCUAGUUGGUCAUGGGCAUCCUUCGAUGGAGAGGUAGCCUUCCCUGCGAGUAUGCCUACCUCCGGGCCUCCUUCCCCCUUUGCUGUCAUAGUGAAUGUCUCAGAUGACUCACUAGGGAAUGGGAUGAAGAUGUUUUCCAGACAUGAUAAGGCGUCAGAAGGUAGAUGCUAUAUUGACAUAGAGUGCUUUCUUUUACAGUUCAGCCUCAUCUGGUCGGUUGACGGUGACAUUGAUGGUAUCAUGAUGAAUAAGUUUGACAUAACGUUUAUGAACGACGGUGCAGAUCUUGAAAAUUGCCGCAAGGACGAAAUUGACGAUCUACUUGGGAAUUUUAUUGAUUUGAAUGAAGAUCCUUCUGUGGCAGAGGACGGGUCACUGAAAAAGCUGGCUCAAUCCGGAAAUCUCUUUCUUGUGCCCUUGUUCGCUACAAGAUAUUUCUUUGAGGCCAUGGUCGUUGCGCGGUUGGGGAUGAACUGGAUGCAGAUGCCAGUGACAUCGUCGGCCAAGGGACAUGGCGUCAAAUAG